GUGCACUCAUGUAGGUAGCAUACAUAAUCACACAUUCACACGUUGCAAUCGCAAACUCCAUUCCGCUUCGAUCGCCAUUUUUCUUCUCCGAAACACACACCAAUCACUUCCAUCAAUUCUUUAUUUGUGUGAGCCUUUCGUCCAUUUUCGCGAUUAGGUUCACCGCCAUGGCCACCCACAACUACAAAAUCUUCAGCUGCUUCAACAGGAAGUUCACCGUCACCGAGCAGGGCCCGCCGCCCGACGUCGAAAAGGCGUUCUCCGUCUUCACCGGCGGCGCCUCCUCCAUGUCCGCCGAUCACCUCCUCCGCUUCCUGGAGGAGCACCAGGGCGAAGCGGACUGCACUCUAUCGGAUUCCGAGGGGAUCCUUGAGCAAUUGCGGAAAGAUCAGGAAAGUGAAAUCGAUGUCCAUGUCUUCUUCCAAUUCCUGCUCCACCACAGUUUCAAUAGCCCCAUCAAAUCUCAGGUACAUCAUGAUAUGAAUGCUCCAUUGUCUCAUUAUUUCAUAUACACUGGGCACAAUUCCUAUCUGACUGGGAAUCAACUGAGCAGUGACUGCAGUGAUCUGCCAAUCAUAAAGGCUUUGCAACGAGGUGUGCGAGUAAUUGAACUAGAUUUAUGGCCAAAUUCAGCCAAAGAUGAUAUCGAUGUAGUUCAUGGAAGGACUCUUACCACUCCUGUCACACUUAUCCGAUGUUUUAAGUCCAUAAAAGAGUAUGCUUUUGUUAAAACUCAUUACCCACUGAUUAUAACUUUAGAAGAUCACCUUACUCCAGAUCUUCAAGCUAAAGUUGCAGGGAUGGCAAUUCAAAUAUUUGGAGAAAUGCUUUAUUACCCUGAGACAGAUUCUCUGACGGAAUUCCCCACACCAGAAUCAUUGAAAGGUCGAAUUCUUAUAUCAACCAAACCACCAAAAGAAUUUCUUGAAUCCAAACAAAGUGAUGACAAGGAAUCAGCUGACAAGGGUUCAUCAUCGCCAGACCAAAUUAAUGAACCGGAAAAUGAUGAUAAGACUGCACCUGAGUAUAAACAGUUGAUUACAAUUCAUGCUGGGAAACCCAAGGGUGACGUACAAGAUGAAUUAAAAGCUGUCGGUAACGUUAGGCGCUUAAGCUUGAGUGAACAAGCCCUUGAAAAGGUUUCUGAAUCUUAUGGAGCUGAUAUUGUUAGGUUUACGCAGAAGAAUAUUCUCAGAGUGUAUCCAAAGGGAACACGUCUCAACUCCUCAAAUUACAGGCCACACAUAGGGUGGACGUACGGAGCUCAGAUGGUUGCAUUUAACAUGCAGGGGUAUGGAAAAUCACUCUGGUUCAUGCAAGGAAUGUUUAGAGCAAAUGGAGGGUGUGGUUACGUGAAAAAGCCUGAUUUUCUAAUUGAACAAGGUCCACAAAAUGAGGUUUUUGAUCCUAAAAUAACAUUGCCAGUGAAGAAAACAUUAAAGGUAAAAGUCUAUAUGGGGAACGGUUGGAGCUUAGAUUUCAGCCAAACAGACUUUGAUACUUACUCACCACCAGACUUUUACGUUAAGGUUUGUACUAUUGGGGUUCCUGCUGAUAUGGCCAAGAAGAAAACAAGUGUAAUUUCAAAUGAUUGGUUUCCCAUCUGGGACGAAGAGUUUGAUUUCCCUUUGACUGUUCCUGAGCUGACUUUGCUCCGAAUAGAAGUUCGAGAGAAUGAUAGACAUCAAAAGGAUGACUUUGCUGGACAGACGUGUUUGCCAGUCUCAGAGAUAAAGUCUGGAUUCCGGUCAGUCCCUCUGUAUGAUAAAAAGGGUGACAAAUUAAAAUCUGUGAAGCUUUUAUUGCGGUUUCAGUUUAGAUAAAUUAUAGGACCAGCCAUAUAAUAAUCUUAUAUAAUGGAUACGAGGUCAUUGUAAUGAUAAUUAUCUUUAUCUUUAGCUGCUUGCAAUUGUAUUUUGGGUUUUACUAUGUUAUAUUUUCUGCACAAUCAACAUCAAUACAAAAAAAGUAUCAAGAUUUAACAUGUAUUUGGAUAAACA